GUCCACAGGCGGCGCUGCUUCUGUCAGUGCCUCUCAUUUUGUUCUUUCCAGGAGUGUCAAUAAAGUUUUAUCGGAAAAUUCUCACUACACACAUAGGAACAAAUGGGCACCAUAACUGAUGAUGAGGUCAUUCGUAAGCGCCUGCUCAUCGACGGCGACGGAGCUGGAGACGACAGACGCAUCAAUGUCCUCCUGAAAAGCUUCAUUAAAUGGUGCCACUCGAACGUGACGCCAGAAGAAGGUUUUGCUCAGUACCAGAGGAUGUUGGGGACCUUGUCACAAUGCGAGUUCUCGAUGGGAAAGACACUUUUGGUGUACAACAUGAACCUGAUGGAGAUGGAGAACUAUGAGAAGAUCUACACAGACAUCGAGCAAAGCAUAUCAGCCGCACAUGAGAAAAUCGCCGAGUGCAAAAAAGAGAUCCAGAGGGCAAAGAGGAUACGGAAGAACCGUCAAGAGUAUGACGCUUUGGCGAAAGUCAUCCAGCAACAUCCGGACAGACACCAAACGAUGGAGCAGCUUGAAGCGCUGGACAAAGAACUUCAACAGCUUUCACAAAUCAAAGAGAACGUAGAAGAUAAGUUGGAGCUACGUAAGAAACAGUUCCACGUGCUUCUCAGUACCAUCCAGGAGCUUCAGCAGACUUUGGAGAAUGACGAAAAGAUGGAGAGCGAUGAAACGUCCCAAGAAAGCCCAAUGGAAAAUGGAGAUUAGAUCUCUCUUCCCCCUCCUCUUUAGUGUUUUUUUUUCCCCCCUUUUCCCAUUUUUUGCAUAAAUAUUGUAUCUUUUUAAUACAAUAUUACAGUACAUUGUAAUAAAAG